GCGGGACUCGCCCUCCCCCCCGCUCGCGUCCCAGAGCGGGGGGAGGGGAGCCGGAGAGACCCUCCCCUUCGCCUCACCCCCCCCCCGCCGCCGCCGCCCUCGCUCGCUCGCGCGCGCGGCAUCUUCUCCGCCCGCCCGCCCUGCCGAGGCGCAGAUGUGGCGCUGCGGCCGUGCGCCCCAUCGGUGCCGGUGGGGGUGGCCGAGGCGGAGCGGCGAGGCGCCCCCCGGAGGUCGCUCCCACAGGUGAAAGCCUGCCAGGAGCCCGCAGAGGGCAGCCCCAGCGCCGCUCCCGAGCCCCUCCGCCCGGCCGCCUCGCCACCGGGGGCGCGCACAAAGCCGCGCCGAGACGCCUCCCUCCCUUCCGCCACCCGGCCAGCGCCAAGGACGACAGAAGACCCCGCCCCCGAGUCCCCCCCAGCUGACCAGAGCAGUCUGCUCCCUCGCUGCUGGCCCCCCAUGCAUUCCUUGGAGGAGCCCCUGGACCUCAAGCUGAGUGUCUCCAAACUCCCGGCCGCGAGAGAGAAGCAUGACUGGGCCCUGGGCAGCCGCAAGGGCCGAGCUCUGUGCCAGAUCUCAGAAGACGCAGGCUACCUGGCAGCAGGCCCGGGCUCCCCUCGUUCCCCUCCGGAGGGCCUCCAGCCGCACCCCCAACGCCAAGACAAGAGAGACCAUCAGUUCUCCUCGCCUCCUACCGUUGACCUGAGCCUGUCUCCUUCUCCACCAGGCCGGGACACCCUCCCCAGUGGGAGCACAUCCGCCUCCCCAGACAGGCAGAGCAAUGGAGGGUUGGUAAACUGCGCCAGCUUGCGUGACCUGCAAUCCCUGCGCUACCUGGAGAGUCUCCGCAGCUCCUUUCACUUCUUCCUGCCUCUGAAUGCGGGAGGGUCCCUGCACCUGCCUGCCUCCGCUUUCCUGGCGCCCCCCAAGGAGAAGCGGCUCCCUUUGGAUACGGCUGUGCAGAAGCAGUUGGUGUGCCGCUGGUCAAAGUGCAACCAGCUGUUUGAGCUCCUGCAAGACCUGGUGGACCACGUCAACGACUUCCACGUGAAGCCAGAAAAGGAUGCUGGCUAUCGUUGCCACUGGGAGGGUUGUGCCCGCCACGGCCGGGGCUUCAAUGCCAGGUACAAGAUGCUGAUUCACAUCCGCACACACACCAAUGAGAAGCCCCACCGCUGCCCCACCUGCAACAAGAGCUUCUCCCGGCUAGAGAACCUGAAGAUCCACAACCGCUCCCACACAGGGGAGAAGCCUUACCUCUGCCCCUACGAAGGCUGCAGCAAGCGCUACUCCAACUCCAGCGACCGCUUCAAGCACACCCGCACUCACUACGUGGACAAGCCCUACCACUGCAAGAUGCCCGGCUGCCACAAGCGCUACACCGACCCCAGCUCUCUCCGCAAGCACAUCAAGGCCCACGGGCACUUCAUCACCCGCGAGCAGCAGGAGCUGCUGAAGCUGCAGCCCCCCAAGGGCCCCCCCCUCAUGGCUGACGCAUCGUACCUCAGCGGGGCACAGAUCAUUGUGCCUAACCCGGCCGCCCUCUUUGGCAGCCACAGCCUGCCCCUGCCCCUCCCCCAGGGCCCCUUGGACCUCAGCACCUUAGCCUGUGGUGGGCUGGGCACGGCCGCCAUCGCAGGCCUGCCCAGCCCCACGCUUGCCCCUUUGAACUUGGCCAAGAACCCCCUGCUGGCCUCUCCUUUCUCAGUGGGCCACCUGGGGCUGCCAGUGGUGUCCUUGCUGGCUGGCACCUCCGCCAAGGCGGCUGUUGAGCGAGGGCAGGAGAGCAGGGCCCGGCCCUUCAAAGGCGACAUUGGCGGCAGCAGCCGAUGCAAGGAGACCAGUGAGAGAGUGAAACUGGCCAGGCUGCGGACAACCACGGACAGCCUCUCUCUGCUCCCCGGGGGCGUCCUGGACCUGUCCACUGGCAUGAACUCAGGGGCAGCUGCUGACACUCUGCCACCGGGCUGGAUGGUGAUCCCACCUGGUUCCGUUUUGCUGAAGGAAGCUGUGGUGAGCUAAGUAGGGAAGAGCAAGGAGGAGGACUGGAAGGGGACCUUCCGGCAUUCAAUCUGAGGGAGCGAUGCAAGACUCCUUGUGAGGAAGACCUGCUGAGCUGCUCCUGGGACUCUUCCUUUCUGCCCUCACCCCCCUUCUUCCUCCCCCUCUACAUGGCGACUGGGGCUUUUCAAGGGGGAGGGGGGGCAUCUCUGAGCAAAGCAAUAAGAAGCUUCCCAGGGCAGCAGCCAGGGACUCCGCCCUCCCCUCUCCCUGUUCUGCCGAAUGCCAGGCAGGGCCGACCCAGGAGCGCCAAUGGACGAAGCAGAGCUGGUUGGUUCAUCCCCAGCAAGAUCCCCUCAACCCA